GACAAAGAACUAUUUUGAAGGGAAAAAAGAGGUAAAAUAAUGAAAAUAAAAUGAACGACUAAGCAAACAAAAUUUGCAAUCGUUGUCCUUGAGAAGAGGAAAAUUUGCCUUGCAUUUUUUAACUGUUAACACAUAACAAAUAGAAUAAGCUGAAACAAAAUGAAUUUCAUGAUGGAGGAUUCAUGUUGACAUAAUAAUUGUAUGAAAUAAUGGAUAAACUAAAUUUCAAUUAAACAAAAUUGUAAACUGCUUAAGUUUAGAUUCUGGUUGUGAACUGUUUGCUGGCUCCACAUUGUCUCUUUCUUUGUUUUCCCUCUUUCAGCCUUCCUUUUCAAUAGCCUUAUUUUAAUGAUGACCAGUCUGAUUGAAUUGCUGUUCUGUCUCUGUGCAUUUCUUAUUUGGCAUAUAAGUUGUGAUAAAACCGAGGAAUCCGAUGCUAAGAUUGUGAAAAUACAUUCAAAAAAUUUGGCUGAAUACGAAGAACUCAUUGGAUUGGCAAGAAAAUUUCAGGUUGAUGUUUGGAAUCGUCCAUCUGAUGCUAACUUCACUGUUUGGGCUGCUGUGGAUGAAGAUGAUGAGGAUUUUCUUAAAGCUCUUGAUAAAAUCCCAAUCCCAUUUGAUAUACUCUUUGAAAAUAAGGCUGCUUAUUUAGCAUUGGUCAAUUACACUCAACCAAAACUUGAUUUAGCUUCCGAUGCUUCAUCAAUAAAACCAGUUAGACCUUCACUGUUCAAAAGAUAUUACCGUUACACUGAAUAUCUUUCAAUUAUCAAAUCGUGGGCAGAUGAAUUUCAAUCGAUGUAUUUGAUUUCCAUCGGUAAAAGUUUCGAGGGUCGAGUCAUUCCCGCUGUUGUUAUAAACCGUGAAUCGCAAAUGGAUAUCGCAAGUGUUGAUGGGGACCAAGAUGGUGAUGGGGACUAUGAUGAUGAUGAUGUUGACGGGACAGAUGAUUCCAAGAUAAGUCAUCAAGAUGGUAUAACUGGUAGUCAUGAUCGAAACAGGAAUAGAAACAAUAGACAACCAAAUCGUAGGCCUCCCAAUAAUGAAUGUAAGACAGUAGUUAUUGAAUGUGGUCUUCAUGCAAGAGAAUGGGCCUCGCCAGCUUCAUGUUUGUAUUUGAUUCAUUUUCUGGCCACUACGAAUUCACCAAUCUUUAAACGCUAUCAAUUCCAUAUCAUACCAAUAGCGAAUCCUGAUGGCUAUGCAUACACAUGGUCCAGAGUCAGAGGUGCUCGACUUUGGCGAAAAAAUCGCUCAAAGCGAGCAGGUGUAUCUUGUAUUGGUGUUGAUUUGAAUCGUAAUUUUAAUAUCGAUUGGUGUAAAAUCGGGUCAUCACGAAAUCCGUGUAAAGAAAAUUAUUGUGGGCCUAAACCUAAUUCUGAACCCGAAACCAGAAGUCUUGUAAACUACUACAAAAAACUCGACAGUGAACCAGGAGAAUGCACUCUCCUCUACUUUACCAUACAUUCGUAUGGUCAAUGGAUUCUGUGGCCUUAUGGUUUCACCAAAAACCCUCCUAAAAAUUUAGAGCUGUUGGAAACAGUUGGCCAAGAAGCGAUCAACAGGGUUAAUAGAAAUAUUGGUAGAAGAUUGUAUCGUGGUGGUCAAACUGCUCAGGCAUAUAAAUAUGCGUCUAGUGGUGGAAGCGAUGAUUGGGUUUAUUCCAGAGGAUUUGCGGAUAUAGCAAUUACUUUUGAGACUCGUGAUAAUGGUCAAUACGGAUUCCUACUUCCACCAGAAUUAAUUGUCCCUGCAGCACAAGACGCAAAAAUAGCCAUUGAAGCAAUAUUGGAGAAACGAGAAACUAUGUUUGACGGAAAAGGAUGAGCUAUUAUAAUAUAAAAUGAAUAUCUGGGAAAAUUGAAUGAAUCGAUGUGAUUGAUUCAAAAAGUAUCAAAAUGAAUACGAAUAAAUUAAGUGAUAAUAAAUUAAUUCAUAUUUCUAAUGAAAUGAAAACAACGAUCACACCAGCUGUUGAUUUAGUACAGUCGUUAAUCUCAAAAUGCCAUUUCGUGGGAUUAGUCUUAUUGUUAUUUACGCAGAAUUUUACCGAAAAAUAGCCUUUCAUGAUUUUUAAUCAAAGUUUUGUAAACAAUUAGUUUGGAAUGAGUUAUUGUAUUUAUUUGAUAUUUAUAAUCAGAUUUAUCAAAUUACUCUUGCUACUUCAAUGCUUAAUAAAAUUAGGUUGGCUAUU